AGCAUUUUGAACUUAGCCAAGAUAAAGAGUAGGGAUCUUCGUAAAUGCGGUAAAAUAUCGUAUUGAGAUUUGUAACUUUAUUAAAAAUAAAAAUAAUGACUAACUUUAUAACAUUAGUUGAGGAAAAUUUACUUUACGGAAUUUUAAUAAUAAUAUGGUCACUAUUUCUGUGGAAAUAUUAUUUAAGUCAUCGUCAGAAAUCUUUGGUAAUGCGUUUAGUUAAAUUACCAGAUGUGGUUGAAAGGAUAAUGACAGAAGAUGUUUAUAACAAAUCACGUAGUUAUCAUUUGGAUACAUUAAAUUUCAAUAAUGUGGCUAAGUUUUAUGUACUAGUUGUUACUACGGUUUGUCUAUUAUCUUUAAUGUACUAUCAUUUGUGGUCAUGGUCCAUUAAAGUAGUAAAAUAUUUUGGUUUUGAUGAAGAGAAUGAAAUGCUUGUGAGCGUUGUAUGUAUGUUCUUUAUAAAUAUUAUAUAUGACAUAGUGCAUUUACCCCUCAACAUUUAUUCUAAGUUUGUUGUGGAACAAAAACAUGGCUUUAAUAAAGAGACCCCAGCAUUAUAUAUUAAAAACACACUUCUUGCAUUUGCUGUUCGAGAAACAAUUGCUCCACCAAUACUUUGUGCAUUAAUAUGGAUCAUAAAGAAUGGAGGAGAUUACUUCUACUUUUAUCUUUGGAUCUUUAUGAUCUUUGUUUAUAUUUUUAUGAUUAUUCUGUAUCCAGUAGCAAUUGCACCACUGUUUGAUAAAUAUACCCCACUUCCUGAUGAAGAACUGAAAAAAAAAAUUGAAGCAUUAGCAGCAUCUAUUAAUUAUCCACUUACUAAAAUAUUUGUUGUGAAUAAAUCAAAAAGAACUACCCAUAAUAAUGCCUAUCUCUAUGGAUUUUACAAAUUUAAAAGAAUUGUAUUAUUCGAUACAUUGAUAAAAAAUUAUUCUCAACUAGAAAAAAGUGAAACAGAAACAAAAGAGCCGGAAACAGAAGCAAAAGGAUGCGAAACAGACGAAAUAUUGGCAAUAUUAGCACAUGAAUUAGGGCAUUGGAAAUGCAAUCACACAUUGAAACUGUUUUUUAUUGCUCAGGUAGCUACCAUGUUAAAUAUUUUCCUAUUUGCAAAGCUUGUUGAUUAUUCACCUAUGUAUCAUGCUUUUGGGUUUGUGGAUUCUAAACCUGUAUUUAUAGGCUACAGUAUUCUCAGUAUGUUCAUUUUAGCACCUUUCAAUACGUUAUUAAACUUUUUAACUACAGUAAUUGGAAGAAGAUUUGAAUUUGAAGCAGAUAGAUUUGCAAUGAUCUUAGGAUAUGGGGCAGCAUUGAAAAGAUCAUUGAUUAAGCUAGAAGUAGAUAAUCUUACUUUUCCUCUUUAUGAUAAACUAUAUUCUGGUUUUCAUCAUAAUCAUCCUACAGUUCUUGAAAGACUUGAAGCUUUAGAUAAAGAAGAUUAAUUUUGAAAUUAAUGUUAAAAUUUUAUGUUAUAUCUUGUGCUGUUACCAUGGUAUUAUAUAUUGUACUUGACAUAACUUCUUAUAUUAAGUCAAAUUUAAUAAUUAUAACUUGAAUAUAUUCUUAAAUG